ACAAAAUUAAUAUCGUAAGCAUGUAACAGAUGGAGAAAUUCACUUGGCCGUUAAUAUUAUUGAUCGAAUGAACGUAAGAGAAAAACAUUGUGUCAUAAUUAUUAAUCGAGAAGAUUCGCGCUGUGGAUACUUGAAAUUUUUCGGUGUAAAGCGUGCGGAAUUAGAGAGUUGGGAGAAAGAGAGGGAGAAAAAAGCUUAGCACUCGGGAGGCGUACCGUCCGAGUUUUUUGACAUUUGCUCUCCACCGUCGUGGAGGUACACCGCGAGGAGAUUUUCCAAAGGGAGAAACGGUUUCGUAAUUUCGUGCUUAUCGCGAAAUACUUUGGCUUUCCCCUUUUGUGAUGGCAGUGUGUAGCAGCUACAUCAGGAGUCUGUUUCCGACGAUCGACGAUGAAUUGUACCAGUAUGUCGAGGGUAUACUCGAUAGUUCUAAGGACGAUUUUGAAGAUGCAGACGAAGUUUAUGAAGCAAUAGGCGAGGUUUUACACGAGGUUGAGCAAAAGUCUGAAAACGAGGUUAGGCAAAUAUGCAGAAGAUUACUAGAAAUGUUAAAGGGUGGUACCAAUGGAGGAAUAGAAAGAAGAAAAAACGGAGUAAAUAAAGUAUUAAAUGUACCAAUUCAUAUGGGAUCAAUGGUUUCGACUUUAGACGGACAAGUUGAUCAAAUAAAAAGUAUAUGGGUUACAACAAGAGAUGAUGCAAUGAAAGUAGAUGCAAAAAAAUUAGAAAAAGCAGAAGCCAAACUCAAGCAAAAACAAGAGAUUAGAAGUAACGAAUUAGGUUCUGGAAAAAACAGUAAUGCUCUGCCCUCGUUAGAAACCGCAACAGUUAGCCAAGUAAUAAGUAAAAAGGACAAUAAAAUUGAAGCAAAAGGUGGAACAAAUAGAACAAAUGAUAUUAGGAUAGAAAAUUUUGAUGUUGCGUACGGAGAUAGAGUUCUUUUACAAGGUGCUGAUUUGACAUUGGCUUUUGGCAGACGUUAUGGAUUAGUGGGACGUAAUGGACUUGGAAAAACUACGCUACUCCGAAUGAUAUCUGGCAAACAAUUGCAAAUACCUUCGCAUGUGCGGGUUCUGCACGUCGAGCAGGAAGUUGCCGGAGACGAUACUUCCGCUCUUGAAUCAGUUUUGCAAUCUGAUCAAGAGCGCAGCGAAUUAUUGAGUCGGGAAGCGGAAUUGCAAGCGGCAAUCGAAAGGGAAAGCGGGAAGGCGAAUGAUGCUUUGGAUGAGGAAUUAGCGAAGGUGUUCGAGGCGAUGCAGAUGGCGGAAGUGGAGAAGGCCCCGGCCAAGGCGAGCACGAUCCUCUCCGGUCUUGGCUUCUCUGUGGAGCGGCAGAGCUGGCCCACGAAGGCCUUCUCCGGCGGCUGGCGCAUGAGACUCGCACUUGCUCGGGCGCUCUUCUCCAGGCCCGACCUCCUCCUCCUCGACGAGCCCACGAACAUGCUCGACAUCAAGGCCAUACUCUGGCUCGAGAGGUACCUGCAGUCUUGGCCCCCGACGCUCCUUGUCGUCUCCCACGAUCGCAACUUCCUCGACACCGUACCUACCGACAUACUGUAUCUAAAAGCCCAGAAGAUCGAAUCCUACCACGGCAACUACGAGCAGUUCGCCAAGACGAAAGGUGAGCGCGAGAGGAACCAACAGCGCGAGUACGAGGCCCAGCAGGCGAAACGUGCCCACGUCCAGGAAUUUAUCGAUCGGUUUCGCUACAACGCCAAUCGGGCCUCGAGCGUGCAAAGCAAAAUAAAGAUGCUCGAGAAGCUGCCCGAGCUCAGGCCCAUGGAGAAGGAGAACGAGGUGACGCUCCACUUCCCGGAUGUCGAGCCCCUUAAUCCACCGAUACUUCAAAUAAACGAGGUCUCGUUCCGCUACACAAAUACCAGCGAGUACCUCUUCACCAACGUCUGCCUGAGUGCGACCCUGCAGUCGCGCAUCUGCAUCGUAGGUGAAAACGGCGCCGGUAAGACGACCCUCCUUAAGAUAAUGACGGGCUCGCUCGGACCUACCCAGGGCACCGUGCACACCCACCGGAAUCUCAAGUUCGGUUACUUCAGUCAGCACCAUGUUGACCAGCUCGACCUCCGAGUCUGCCCCGUCGAGCUGCUCCAGAACCAUUUCCCAGGUAAACCCAUUGAAGAGUAUCGGAGGAUGUUGGGCAGUUUUGGUAUUAGUGGAGAUUUAGCGCUACAAACAAUUCAUUCGUUAUCAGGAGGUCAAAAAUCGAGAGUUGCCUUUGCACUGAUGUGCGCUGCUAUGCCUAAUUUUCUAGUAUUGGACGAGCCUACGAAUCAUCUUGACAUUGAAUCAAUUGAAGCUCUGGGCAAAGCUAUUAAUUGCUGUCAAGCUGGCGUAAUUUUGGUUUCUCACGACGAAAGACUCAUUCGAAUGGUUUGUCAGGAGUUAUGGGUGUGUGGUGGAGGCUCUGUAAAAUGUAUCGAAGGAGGUUUUGACGAAUAUCGUCAAAUUAUAGAAAAGGAGCUCGAAAUGUGAGAAUUCGUCACGCCGCUGUCUUGAUACAUUCGUUUUCUGUACGUUUAAUUUAAUAAAAAUCGAUUAUUACUA